AUGUCCUCAUCAAUUGCCCUGAAUAAUUCUAAUACCUCUACCACUACUACUACCAAUCCUCCUUUUGAUAUUUCCAAGCUUGUUACUCAAGCAGUUUUGUUACCUUCCUCCUCAUCGUCAUCCUUCCAUAACAACCUCCCUAAAUCAUCAUCAUCAUCCCCCUGUGCAUUGGAUAAUAAUACCAAUGAACAACAACAACAACAACCAUUGAGUGAUGAUUCGAUCAUUCUCGAAGAAACAACCACCACCGACGUUGAUAAUACAGUAAUUGCCACCAUAACGACAAAAGCUGCUCUAGGCAGUGGUGCUUUGAUGGUUGAAGGAGUUGCCCUUGUCGACGAUGAAGAUGACGAAGAAUCAACACCUGCCACACCAGAAGCUAAUGGAGAAUCCCAGCAAGAAUCUUCUCAACAAGAACACCAAGAAUCUGGCCUUUUAAAAGCCAAGAAGAAGAAGAAUUCAUUGACUAAUAGUGCAGCAGCUCUUGAAGAUUUGGAAACUAUUUCAACCAUGACAACUGUCAAGACUACAAGUACAACAAAGAAGGUUGUCAAGAGACAUUCAUCGCUCUCUGCUCAAACUAUGAACCAAGCAAUGGAUCAAUCAAUGAAUCAAUCAGCUCAACAAGAAGAACAAUACACCACUCUUAAAUCAUCCACUCCAACAAAGAAGCAGAACAAGGAAAAGAAAGCAAGUCCUAUCAAUAAUCUCUUCAAAUCCAUCAAGGGUGUCAUUAAAUCUUUAAAGAAGAAUAAGAAUAACAAGAGCACUUCUAGCUCAACGACUUCACAUAAUAAUAGCAAGCAAGAUGGUGAUUUAAUCCAUCAAUUCUACGAAGAAGUCAAGACAAAUAAGAAGAGAGCUCACAAGCAAGCUCCACAAACUGCUCUUCUCCCACCUCAACGACCACACGUUCAAGGCAAGAAGACUCUUGUACUUGACCUUGAUGAAACAUUGGUUCACUCUGUCUUUGUACAUACUGACCAAGCUGACUUUGUGAUUCCAAUUGAAAUGGAUGGUAGAACAUACUCUUGUUAUGUUCUCAAGAGACCUGGAGUUGACGAAUACUUGAGAGAACUCGGUCAAUACUAUGAAAUUAUCAUCUUUACUGCUUCUCUCUCCCUGUAUGCCAACCCACUUCUUGACAUUCUUGAUAAGCAUGGUGUCAUUGAAGGUAGAUUAUUCCGUGAACAUUGUACAAAGGUUGGUGAUACUUACAUUAAGGAUCUCUCAAGAUUGGGUCGUGAUUUAGAUCAAACCAUUAUUGUAGAUAAUUCUCCAAGUUGCUAUGCAAUGCAACCACAAAAUGCUUUGGCUUGUACCACAUGGUACGAUGAUCCAAACGAUAGAGAGCUGGGUCUUCUUGCUGAUUGUCUCAAACGACUUGAAAGAGAAAAGGCUGUCUAUGAUGGUCUCAAGUCAUGGAAGGAAUUAAUUUCAUCAGGUGUUAAUGUUACCUCAUGGAAUGGCGGAUCAGCAAUGACAGUAUCCUCGACGUCUCACCAUCAUCAAGUAAUAAAGAAAAGAAUGUAA